GAGGUGUACCGAACGGUUAUAGGCACGAGAGAUGGAAAUGCCAAAACAAGAAGAGCAAAAAGACGUUAAAGAUCAGAAAGAAAAGAUAAAAACAACUACAGUUGAUGCAAAAAUUGUAGUAGCAAGUAAAAACAAAAAAGUAUUUACAGGUGUAAGAAGAGCAGCACACCAGAUCCCAGAUGAAAUUCUCAAUGAUCCGAAACUUCAGCAUGCAGUGAAACAGCUACCUGAAAAUUAUAAUUUUGAAAUCUAUAAAACAGUAUGGAAGAUUCAGUCAACCGGUGCAAAAAGAGUGGCUCUACAGUUCCCAGAGGGGCUAUUAUUAUUCGCUUGCACAAUAGCAGACAUAAUAGAAGAAUUUACCUCAGCAGACACAGUAAUAAUGGGGGAUGUGACAUAUGGAGCUUGCUGUGUGGACGACUUUACAGCCAGAGCUCUGGGGGCAGACCUGAUGGUCCACUACGGACACAGCUGUCUAGUGCCUAUUGACCAGACAGGAGGUAUUCAAAUGUUGUAUGUAUUUGUGGACAUUAAAAUUGACACAAUGCAUUUUCUGGACACUAUCCGGCACAACUUUCCCGAGGGUUCUUGCCUGGCAUUAGUGUGUACCAUACAGUUCGUAGCUGCCCUUCAGGCUGCCAGUCAAGAACUGAAAGACAAGUAUGAAGUGAUCAUCCCCCAGUCCAAACCUUUGUCUCCAGGAGAAAUACUUGGAUGUACCUCACCAAGACUCAAACCUGGCACCGAUGCCAUCAUAUAUCUUGGGGAUGGAAGAUUUCACCUCGAGUCAAUCAUGAUCAGUAAUCCUAGUGUACAGGCCUAUAGAUAUGAUCCAUACAGCAAAGUCUUUUCCAAAGAGUAUUAUGACACUGAAAAGAUGCAUUCAAUACGAAGAAAUGCUAUUGAAAAGGCGUCCCAAGGCAAAAAAUAUGGAGUGGUGCUAGGAACCCUGGGAAGGCAAGGGUCAACGAAGGUUCUGCAGGAAUUGUUAGAGAAAAUAAAGGAGUGUGGUAAAAGCAGUACCCUGGUUUUAUUGUCAGAAAUUUUUCCAGACAAGCUCAAGCUGUACCCAGAUAUUGAUGCAUGGGUACAAAUAGCUUGUCCAAGAUUGUCAAUUGACUGGGGUAUGGCAUUUGAAAAGCCAUUGUUAUCUCCCUAUGAGAUGUCUGUUGCACUGAAUAUUGCCCAGUGGCAAGAUGUUUACCCAAUGGACUUUUACGCCAAUGACAGUUUAGGUCCAUGGACUGUGAAUAAUGUCAAACACCAGCCUCCCAAAAAACAUCGACCUAGAAAGACUGUUCCAAUAAAAACAGAGACUCAGGAGAGUGGUUCCUGUUCAAAAUCAUGUGCUUCUUGUUCAUGUUCACAAAAGUCUAACAUUAACAACAUAGAACUAAAGGAAGUUACUUAACAU